GCGCCAUGGAGGAUGAAAUGCCCAAGACCCUGUACGUGGGGAACCUGUCCAGGGACGUGACCGAGGCUCUGAUCCUCCAGCUGUUCAGCCAGAUCGGACCGUGCAAAAACUGCAAGAUGAUCAUGGAUACAGCUGGAAACGAUCCCUACUGCUUCGUGGAGUUCUACGAGCACCGGCACGCGGCCGCCGCGCUGGCGGCCAUGAACGGCAGGAAGAUAAUGGGUAAGGAGGUCAAAGUGAACUGGGCCACCACCCCCAGCAGCCAGAAGAAGGACACCAGCAACCAUUUCCAUGUCUUUGUGGGAGACCUCAGUCCAGAGAUCACGACUGAAGACAUCAAAGCAGCCUUUGCCCCCUUUGGAAGAAUAUCGGACGCACGGGUGGUCAAGGACAUGGCGACAGGGAAGUCCAAGGGAUAUGGCUUUGUGUCCUUCUUCAAUAAGUGGGACGCAGAGAACGCGAUCCAGCAGAUGGGGGGGCAGUGGCUCGGGGGACGGCAAAUCCGCACCAACUGGGCCACGAGGAAACCUCCGGCUCCAAAGAGCACCUAUGAGUCAAACACCAAACAACUGUCCUACGACGACGUGGUCACCCAGUCCAGCCCCAGCAACUGCACCGUGUACUGUGGGGGGGUUACCUCGGGCCUCACAGAGCAGCUGAUGCGCCAGACCUUCUCCCCCUUUGGGCAGAUCCUGGAGAUCCGAGUGUUCCCAGAUAAAGGAUACUCCUUCGUGCGGUUCAGUUCCCACGAGAGUGCAGCGCACGCCAUCGUGUCCGUCAACGGCACCACCAUCGAGGGCCAUGUCGUCAAGUGCUACUGGGGCAAGGAGACCCCUGACAUGGUCAGCCCCGUGCAGCAGAACCAGCUGAGUUACCCCCCUCCCUACGGGCAGUGGGGGCAGUGGUACGGCGGGGCCCAGCUCGGGCAGUACGUGCCCAACGGGUGGCAGGUGCCCACCUAUGGCGUGUACGGCCAGGCCUGGAACCAGCAGGGAUUCAGCCAGACCCAGUCGGCAGCAGCCUGGAUGGGCCCCAACUAUGGAGUGCAGCCCCCCCAGGGCCAGAACGGCGCCGUUGUGCCCCCCCAGCCCGCUUUCCGCGUUGGGCUUCGGACCCCCUGA